AUGGAGGGUUUGAUUCGUGAUGAAGAGGAUAUCGGCGAUGAUGAAGAUAUGGGAGAUGAGUUUAGCGGCGAUAGCAGGCUUGAUGAUAGACCUGAAAUUGGAGUUCCGAAUGUGUUUGUAAUCCAGGCAAAGUUCCUGGGCGCAACAAGCACUUUAUAA